CUGCUGACGGGUUCUCCUGCUGACGGGUUCUCCUGCUGACGGGUUCUCCUGCUGACGGGUUCUCCUGCUCCACUCGUUGCUGUCUCCAGGUGGAAGAUGACGGUGCUGCUGGUUUUGGCGGCGGUGCUUCUCACUGAUGGAGUCUCUGCAGGAAACACAGUGAACGUCGGGGUGAAGCGCUACCUGCCGCUGAACCUGGCUCUGAAGUCUGUAGACGACAUGUACGACGGCUGCAAAGACAAAAUGGACGAGGAGGUGAAGGGAUACCUGCAGAACGAGCUGGGACAGUUCAGAUCAGACUGGGACUGGGCGAUGAACCAGGAGCAGGAGGAGCCAGCCUCCUCCUCCCUGAAGAAGGAGGAGGCUGGCUCCUCCUCCUCCCUGAAGAAGGAGGAGGCUGCAGCUAUUCGCGUCUACACUUCUAGUCUGUAUGUCGACUUCAAUAAUGCCGUUCGGAGCCAGAAGUCUCAGUACAAGAAGUCGUUCCAGUACCACACGCUUCACUUCUACCUGACCAGCGCCAUCCAAGCUCUCCGCUCCCACAGACUCAGCUUCCUCCGUCCCGGGGACGACGGCUGUCUCAGCGUCUUCAGGAGGACCGACAGGGACUUUCGCCGAGACGUAGUCAACAAAAACGUUCGCUUCGGCUCCUUCGCCUCGUCCUCACUGGACACCAGCCAGGUCAGUUUUGGAGACAGCUCGUGCUUCGAGGUGGUCACGUGCCUGGGAGCAGACAUCUCCAUGUUCUCCAUGUUUCCACAGGAGAGAGAAGUGCUGAUUCCUCCUUACGAGGUCUUCAAAGUGGUCCAGAUAAAGAAGAGAUCUCAGCAGCCGGAUCUUCCAUGUGAGGUGGUCUACACGCUGAGCAGCACCAAGAAGCCUGUGUCCAAGCUGAACUGUGCUCUCUUUAAAAAAAAGAAACAACUCUCAAGUGUUAGACACGGUUAACAUGUGAGAUAAUAAUAAUAAUUAUCUCAUAAUAAUGAGAUAAUAUUUCAUCAUUUCAAGGACAGCAAAUUGUCUUUAAUCAGUAUUUAUGCAAAUAUGGAUUUGUUAACGGUGAUAUUUGCACAAUUCGGCAAUGUCAAAUUGAAUUUAAAGGUUCUAGAACAGAAAAUGCAUGAAAUUCAUUGUUGAUCCGUACUGAAAUGUUUGAAUAAAUAUGAACAAUUGUUAAGUUGUAUACAAUAAAAGUAAUACAUUGUUGUAAUUAAAUUAGAAUGUGUCCUGCAAAGUUACUGUAUGAGAACUGUGUUUGAGAGAAUAAAUAAACACCCUCGUGUUUCUCAAGUUGUGCAUCUUUCUUCAAUGUUUUUACACUGACAGUAUUUUAUCAUUUUAAACAAUCAUCAGUCAAAACCUAAAAUCAUGUUCUUCCUAACUAAAA